UUUUGCUAGGCUGUAAUUGGCUGCAGGGCACCAUAUAAGCCAUUUGUCUUGUGUGUACUACUGUGGAGCAAGUAGUGUCAAGUGUAGCUACUGGGGGCUCUGACCAAGGUGGCAGUGACAUACUUGACAACAUGGCUUGUGGAGUUCAUUUGGGGAUCUUGCUGAUUUGUUUAGUUCAAGCAGAGCAUGUACGCUGUUUGUGGGCCCCUCAAGAAGCUCGGAGACAAAGUGACAACGCAUAUGUUGGCUACUUGCAUCAACGCCUCACACAAAGACUUGGUGGCAGCAAUCCCCAGAAUGAAUUCAGACAAGCUUUCAGUGUUCCAGCCUCAGCCCAACGCAGCAACAGCAAUAAAGGACUGGCCAUGAAUGUCUAUGAAAAAGCAGCCCCACAGUCUUCCCAAAGCGGAUACAGUUCAGUCAAGGUGGUGCGUGUCCGCCCUGUGUCCAGACAAAGGGUUCUUCUGGCGCCCCAAAACUCCCCAGAGCUGGACCCCUCUGUUUCUAUUGUGAACGCUGGCAUGUUGAAGCAGCAGGAGCGCCAACAGGCCAACAAGAAGAGUUGGGCCCCUCAGCAGGGUACACGGCGUGUGAGGCCUCUGCCCAAAAAAUACACUUCAGCUCAAAGUCUUCCAGCAAAGCCGCAACAAGAGAAACGCAAGCAUCAAAGCCGCCUCUUUGUGUCAGGCUACGGCUCACGAGAGUACGUUCCUAACAUGCAAACAUCAGCCACUGGUGUUGCAUCCACCUCUGAUUCUGCAGGAAGCUCUCAGCAGGGCAAAGUGUACCCAAGCUACGGCCAGUCUUCCCACAAGCACUACAUCCCACUCGGCUACAGACGGAAAUCCCAGCAGGCCACGAGAGGGGAGGCUUCCUCUGGUCAGCACGCACCCACCAAUGUGUUUCGCAUCCCUCAGCGCUUUGGUGGGCAUCCCAUCAAGCGACUGAAGGCCACUGACACUCCCCAGGUGUUUGAUGAGAAGACCCAAAACGCUUCCCUGCAGAAGAAACUAUAUUACAGACUGCCUGGCCGCAAUCCAUAGCCAGAGGAAAGGGUUAAACCACGUCAGAGAUGGAGGUACAAGUGCUGUUUAGAAUUUACUUUAAAUAAAUAUUUAUUUGCUUGACAA